AUGGCGCCUCCAAAAGCUCGCCGCAACACUACAAUCAUCGCCUGGCUCUGUUAUCUCAUCACCAUCCCCUUUCUCGUUCUCGUCCUAAUCGGUAACACACACAUCAAUGGCGUUCUCAACGACAUUUACUUCUUCAAGCUCGACGUCUCCCACAUCAUCCCCAUCGCUGUCGAAAACUCCCAGCUGCUCAACUCGGUCGCCCGCAGCCUCGGUCUCCAUGAUUUUUAUUCUGUUGGCCUCUGGAACUUUUGCGAAGGUUAUCUUGAUGAAGGCGUCACCUUUUGCUCCCGCCCCAAGCAGUAUUACUGGUUCAAUCCGGUCGAGGUCCUCGUCAGCGAGCUGCUUGCCGGCGCCAAGAUAGCACUGCCCUCCCAGGUUAUCACCAUCCUCACCCUCCUGCGUAUCGGCUCGCAAGUCAUGUACGGGUGCUUCAUGGCCGGCACCAUUCUAAACGCCAUUCUGCUCGUCCUUACGCCCCUCGCCACCCGCCGCCGCUUAUUCUCCCUAUUUAUCUCCAUCAUCGGCCUUCUUUCGGUCAUUACGCUCGCCGUCGCCUCCGUCAUUGCCACCGUCAUCAGCGUCGCCGCCAGGAUCGCGCUCACGGCCCAGGACCAGCUCAACAUCAGCGCUGACAUUGGCAUCAAGAUGUUUGUCUUUAUGUGGAUUGGCACCCUCGUCACGCUCCUCGCCUUCUUGCUGCACUCAGCCAUGGGCUGCUUCUGCCGGCCACAGCGGAUCAAGCGGUCGUCAUCGUCGAAGCGUUCGAAUGGCAGUAUGGCCGAGACGAGUAGUAGCAACCACAAUGGGUCACUUCCUCGAUUUAUGAGCCGAAAAAAGACGAAAAGCUCCUCACCGAAAAGUUCCUCACCGCAAUAG